AUGUUAUACAAUCCAUACCACCAGAAACUAGUACCUAUAGUAACAAAAUCUGAGCCCGAGGAUACUGUAGAGGGACACAAAGAGAGGUACACUUCUAGUAAUUCUAUAAUGUCUCAUGCUUCACGGAGAAGACAUGAUUCUGAUAAUGAUCCCACCUGCAGAAUACAUAUAUCAUUCAAAAGUUUAAUAGAAAGAAAUAAAGAAGCUGAAAAUAAAGGUAUAAAACCCUCACCAUCCUCAGCAAUCCACCUGCCAUUUAUAGUUGUAAAUACAAGUGACAAAGCACUGAUUGAUUGUAGCAUCUCUAAUGAUAAGACGGAGUAUAUGUUUAAUUUUAAUAAGAGAUUUCAAAUUCAUGAUGACAUUGAUAUUUUAAAAAGAAUGGGACUUCUUUAUGAAAUGGGCAGGGGAACAAGUAAUGCUCUUGCUGAAAUCCUUGAUGAUGAAGAUGUAGAUGAACUUGGUGCUGAUGAAGAGGCGUUAGAGGGUGAAGCAGAAGGAGAGGAACAAGAAAGAUGGUAA